AUGGCUCCUCCGUCUUCCUCUGCCUGUGAUCCUCGUGUUUACCUCCAUGAGAGGGUUCGGCAGCACUAUUUGGAGGUGCUGCCUUCACGCUGGCGUGCUGUUCUUUUCCGAUUGGCGAAAAACACUCAAUUGCGACAGAAGAACGAUGUUAUUGUUGAAACUCAUCUGCUCUCCGAGAUGCAAGCCGACUUUGACCUCAUCCAUGCAUUAUUGGAUGAAGAGCAUCGUGUCUACCGGGAGGGCGUGGCGUGUCUUUGUUCUCAAGCAUCGAAUGGGAAAUCCGAAACGGAACGAUGGACUGCUUCCCGUCAUCUCCUGCAGGGGAUGCUUUCUUGCAUUGCGAUGAAGGAGAUUCUUAUCGCGCACUGGAAGAACGAUCUUGUGGACAUUUCCCCCAACACACUGCGUGUAUAUUGCCAUGCAUGUAUUUCUCAUCCACACGUGUCUGAGACAGAUAUAGAGCGGCUUUUGGCCCUUUACGCAGUUUCCUGA